AUUAGGUCUAGAUUCCAGUCUAGAUCCAAAACUCUUCAUGCUUGCCGCGAUGCCACAGAUCCACAACAUGGAGAACUCUAAUCAGGUGGAUAUUCGAUUGCACAAUCUCAGCCAGAAGGAAAGAACAGAGCGGCUUCCUCCAUUUGGAAAAUGUUUGAGCUUCUUAGCGCACCUUCCGGUGCUCAAGUUGCUCCUGGUACCGUUUUAUGUGAACCCAGAAGAUUUUGCAAACAUCCAUGAUCGUCAACGCCUCGGCCUUGAAUCGGAUCAUUGGUCAUUGGAAGGAAAAUCUGAGUGAUGCCACCCCGGCAGAUUCUGCUGAAUUCCGAAGACUACUUGGGGAUUACGGCAGGAUUCAUUGCCAUCAAUGCCUUCAGUUUAAAUGUAUUUCUGUUGCUCAUUGUGGUGCUUGCCAAUCCUAGUAGAAACAGGUCUGGAAGCGCGUACGCUUUGGGGUACUGAUGCUCUUUCUCCUGAUUGGCACUGAAGACUUGGAUGUUUUUGGUGGCCCGGGAGGUAUCAUCUAUGGCAUUGCAGUGUGCAUAGUGAUUGCUAGUUGGGGCCUGGUCAAUGAGGCGUUGUUCAACAUUGGAGAAGAGUAUGAGAAGGACCGUUGCAAGAAAGACAACUUGAAAUGCCCCUUCAUUUUCUCAUUGAAAAAGCUUCCAGCAACACAGACCAAGCUGGCCUUGGAGGGCAUGACCUUUCAGCAACUAAAGCCCUACAAGGAUGAUCGCAUGAUGCUGUAUAAAAAUAUUCUCUCUUCUGGUUUGCCGGCUGCAGACUGUUUGGACGUCAUGUCUGCCCUUGAAAAGUACGUCAAAAACGAACUCUGAGCCGACCACCGGAUGUCGUGGCCUUGGUGGGGUGGCUUCAAGCAUCAAUGUGCAUUAGAGUUAUUAUCUUGAUUUAUAUUGCAGGUCAUUCUUUCAUAUUUAUCGUUUUCUUCCCGAUCUUGAUUUGCCUUUCAUACUACUUGGACCAGAAUAAUCUUGAAAUCGACGGAUUGACGGAUUGAUGAAUGUAUUAUAUCGCCUUUGCGAUUUGCGAAACUAAUGCUCC